AUGUCUGCGUUGUUUAAUUUCCGCUCUCUUUUGCAAGUGCUACUGUUGUUGAUUUGCUCAUGCUCCUAUGUUCAUGGACAGUGGCCGUCUCUCCUGGAUCGUUACAAAAAUCACGAGGUUUUAGGUGCUUUCUGGAAAAUGGCACGUAUUGGUGAAAGGGCCAGUCCGUACGUCAGUCUAGCAUGUAUUUUAAUGGCCAUCAGUCAAUUCAAUAGUUAA